ACACUCCUGGCCUUCCGGAUUAUGCCUAGUGACAUCUGGGAGUAGCGGCACCAGUGGUGUCGUGCCACAUCACCAUCACGCUGAGUGCACUGGCAUUAGCUGUGUGCCUAGGCGUGCUCAUCGUCGCAACGGCAGUUGGCAACGCACUCGUCUGCCUCUCCGUCUGCCUCGUGCGCCGCCUACGGCACCCGUCCAAUCACCUUCUCGUCUCCCUGGCUGCCUCGGAUCUAUGCGUGGCCCUGUUGGUCAUGCCACCAGCCUUGCACCUGGAACUUACGGGUCAUCGGUGGGACCUGGGCCGUGCGGCCUGCGAUGCCUGGGUGUCUGUGGACGUGGCGUCCUGCACAGCGUCCAUCCUGAACUUGUGUAUGAUAUCCGUGGACCGCUACUUAGCGAUCACUCGGCCCUUGACAUAUGGAGUGCGAAGAACUGCGCGAAGGGCGUGGGCCUGCAUCGGUGCGGUAUGGCUUCUUGCAGCACUCAUCAGCGUGCCGCCUCUGCUCGUUCUUGGAAACGAGCACGGAACACCCACGAUGCCCACCUGCCUGGUCUGUCAGCAUUUGGCGUACCAGCUCUACGCCACGCUGGGCGCAUUUUACAUACCUCUUUUUGUCAUGCUGUCCAUGUACUGGAGGAUUCACACGGCUGCCAAGAAGGUCGUCGAGGCAGAACAUAGGGCGAGACCCGGUCCCCGCACUAGGAGCCUGAGGGUCGCCGUUAGAGAGCGCAAAGCCUCUAUAACGUUAGGAAUAAUCCUGACCGCCUUCACGGCCUGCUGGUUGCCUUUCUUCGCUUUGGCACUGGUUAGGCCACUCGGUGGGAAGCCCCUUCCCGAGCUGGCCCACAGCCUCGCUCUCUGGCUUGGCUAUACUAACUCAGCACUGAAUCCUGUCAUCUACGUCACAUUCCAUCACGACUUCCGUAGAGCAUUUCGUGACCUCUUGUGCUUGCGCUGUGGCAGAAGAGGUAUCAAUAACGGCGCAAUAGUAGGUGGAAGCGCAAAUGGACCAGCGCAGAUCUUCGGGAGAAGAAGUAACAACCACCGCUCGUGGGCCUGACCCUGGCGGACGUCGCCUGGAGACAUUCGUGUCUCCAGAGUCGACGUUCUUUGUGAGCACAACGAGAUGGACAAGCAAAUUCAGCAGAAGAAACAACAAAACCAACCGAGUCAAAUUAUAUGUGAUUCAACCGCCUCGCCCAUAGGGACUAUGUUUCCUUGACCGUUUCGUCAAGCAAGAUUCCUGACGACUCACUCGCUUGAAAAGUAAACAUGACAGGGUUGAAUGAGGUAGAAGUUGCACGCGACUGUCAGAGAAGCAGUGAAGCACUUUGUUCUUGUGGUAAACGAAAGCCCAUCGGAUGUCAGCUGUACCUGAAGAGCAAAUUAACGUUGCAGUCUUCAAGGGAACACAGAGUGUUCGUGUGUGAAGAGUUAACAAAACACGCGAAAAUUUUCGAAAGUUUAACUCCACCUAUUGGCUUCUACAAUUUGGUGUGUUUUGUUACACUUGCUGCAAUCAAGGGGCAUAAUCUCCGUAACGGGGUGAUGAUAUGAAAGACAGGCACGCGCGGUGAUAUGUGAUGUGUGUGCGAAGAACUGCCAGGAAUGUAUUUCGCGUCCCCUAAGAGUGCUGCCGAGUGUUAUAGGGCUCUUGAAAAGGUAUAGCCGACAGUGCAGGAGGAAAAAUGAUCACCGCCGCAACGAAUAAGUUACGAUUCCCUCUCAUUGUUUACAUUGCAGCUUGUCCUGGAACAUUUUGUGCGUCUCAGGUGACAAUAGACGAACUGAUGUGCCACAGUAGGCGCAACGACGAACGUCUCUCCGGCAAACUCGAUAAUGAACCUGGGUGACAAAGACAAACAUGUGUGCAAUGUGUACUGAAAAUGCACCCUACUAAGAGGUACACGCGAUUGAACGAAUUUGCUCUGUGUGAUACAGUGUGUGUUUUCGUUUCUACCGGUGUGCUGUGCUUAUUUUAUUCUUCUCGUUAUGGACGAAGGAUACAUGUGCACACUUGCCAGUAAUGCGGACUGAAUGCUGCACAUGAACCUGCGCAUAGCGAUGUAUAAAGCAUUUCUGACCCAAGCACCAUUACGACCCUUUGUCAGAAACCGAGUUGGCUUCAGUGCAUACACAUUUGUGAUUCGAUCUGCAAAUACUGGGACAGAUCCUAACAUUAUUUUCAUCCGCUAGGAAGUCAUGUCCAUCUUAACUCUAACAGCUAUAGAUCAUGUUUAUCAGUUGUUUGUUCAUGCAAAACAUUUUGAACAUUCCCCAGAUCGCGUUUAUCGGCUCAUGUUAUUAAAAGACCACUUGACAGUAUUUUUGCUGUUUUGUGGACAUCUGAAUUUAACAGAUCACUGAGAACUACUUUUUUUCUGCUACAGCUGUUUUGUCCAUGUUGGUGGUCAUGCGUGCACCACUGAUUAUUCACUUCUGUAGUGACGCUGCAGAAAAGUAAUUAUAGUAAAUAAUUAAGAAAAAACGCAGUGAAUAAAAUGCAACGGUGUGGCUGAAAGGCAAUUAAGACAAAGCGAAACGAACAGAAAUUUCGUGUAAUACCCCCGAUAAAAAAACAGUGCGACCUUUCAUUCCCAGGAGAUCCAACUUAUUAUAUCAAAACAAUGGAUGGAGAUUUGUAAUAAUGUAACUAUUAUCCACUGGCCUCAGCACCUGCGAAGCGGCUUAGAGGCUCUGGCGUUAUUCUGUCGCAUGCACAGCUGCGUCGCUUCAAUGCUGAUGACUGUGGAAACUUUGGAAUAAGGGCUCAAAAUUAAGCGCAUGUGGACUAUAGUUUAGGUAAAUAUUACACAAUUCUUAAAAAUCCUGUCUUUAACGGCGACACGCGGCGAGGUUAAAUUAAGAAACCAAUUUUUUUUGGAUUCCCAAUUCUACUAACAGGGGCGCUCUACCAUCACUUUAAAAACACAAUGAUGUGGCAGCUGGGCAGCAAGCUUUCAUUACUAGGUGGAAAUGGAGAGACACAUUCCUUUGAUAGCGAAUGACUUCUUCGAAUUGACAGCAGGGAUAAGGACUCUCGCAAUGGUGCACCGGUAAUAUUGAUUAUUCUCAGGAAAAAAAUGAAAACCGCUUUGGUAAUAUAGUUCGAUUUCAAAUGUUUUGGCCUUAUACAUUCUAUAAAAAGUCCUUUGACUCCUUUUGGGUAGACCUGAUUUUCCAUGUAUAUAUGACUCUGAGGCAAGUCAACUCGCUUUGUAGACCACUAUACUCUCUUCUAAGAGUCGUGUGACCCACAAGAGAGUUAACGUGCCUCUUUAAAGAGAAUCACAUACGUGGCAAGUCAGGACUACCCGAAAAAGUCACACAUAUUAUUUUUUCUCCUAGAGAGUAGUUGUCAUGCAAUUAUUUACAAAGUGGCACUUUGAAAAUUGCGUAACUGUUGCCCUAUUCACGAUCGACAGAAAAGGCCUCUUAUAAACACUCGAUGUUUACAAUCAUAGCACGGAGGGAAGAUUGUCAGCAGGAGAAAGAUUUCUAAAUGUAAGCUUACACAAUUUCUUUCUAUCACGAAGUUCACUCCACCUUACGGGCUUCCUGAGAUCAGGAGCUGAAUUCUCAAAGCUUCCCUUUCCUAAGUGCGCUUUCCCAUUCGCUAACGAUACUUUGCGCAUCGCUACUGGCUGAAUUAUUCUCAUGCGAAAAUUUUUACCGUAAGACGCUUUUGUUAAUACGGGUCCUCAUUUGCCGCUCUCUAAGACCCGUAUUGUGAAGUCCCUAGCAAUACUAGAUUCGCAAUAAAUACUAUGUUUGAUUGCGUGUCACACGGCAAUUUCCUUUCAUAAAGAGUUAUUAUAGCCAGCAACAUGUUCAUAUCUCGAGCAAACUAUUGUAAAUGCAGGAUCGCACUGCGAAUUCACUGGUAAACCCUUAUAGGCGCUCAUUACCCGGUCGUUCUCAUCGCAUAUAGCUGAUUAUAAUCUUUAAUAGUUGUGUUUUUGUCGCUAAUUUUGAUGCACUGAAAUGUUGAUUCUGGAUGCCAGGAAAAUUUGUUUUUGACAGUGUCCGACAGGGUUGAUUUUCUUAAGAAUCUCAAUAUAUAUAUGACAAGCCAUUACGUUGAAAGUAGCAGGUGUUGGAAACUUGCGAACAUUGUGCUUCUUUAGUUUGGUAUCACAGUGUUACUGUUGUUGUUACUGUAUAUAUUUGUCAUCUUCAUCUUGCUAGUUGCGAAUACCAGUAUUUGUAAAAUGGAAAAACCAAAAGACAUCACUGAAUCAGGAAUUUGUUUUCUUUUUGGCGGUAUAAAAUAAAAUAAAUAUUUUGGCCAGUAAAUGUGCUUGUGGACGUGGACCCGCAUCUCUUUCGACCAAAAAGGAGUCUACUUGCAGG